AUGGCUUCCCGGCCCAGGGGAAUCCCAGGGGCUGGGAACGUGGCGAGGGCCCAAAUACAGAUGCACCCCGGGGGGGCUCCGGUUCCCCGCAACACGCCGCCGCACGCCCCUGGGCCCCGGAGCCUGCCCCUCUUCGGGCCCGGCCCCACGGGACCCGUUCACCCAAAGGAACCGCCCGCAAAACCAAGCAGCCGGCCCGACCGGGGCCCAGAGAGCAGCCUCCGGCGGGAAGAUGGCGGCUCCGGUGACAGGAGCGAGACGGGCGGCGGCGGGUCCGAACUAGAGGAGAGCAGGUCCCCACCCUGGCCCCGAGGGCCCCCGGCCCAGGGGCAGCACCGGCAGGAAAGGGAGUUGUACGCGAGCCCAGAGUCGGAGAGGAGAGAGCGCCGAGAAGCCCUCGGGCUCGGCUCUCACCUGUCACAGCCGCCGCCGCUCCAGCUCCGGCUCCGGCUCGGGCUCCUGCUGCUGCUGCUGCUGCCGCCGCCGCUGCUGCUCCUGCGAAUGCCGCCGCCGCCGCCCGACCCCGGCCACGGGCGCCUCCGCCGCAGCCCCGGCUGCUCCCAGAGACCGCACCACACGCGGGGACCCGACUCCAAAUCCCCAACGCUCCUUCCCGUUCGCAUGAGAACCCACAGCCCCCCACUUCCGGGACUCCGGCGGAAGUCCCUCCCACUUUCCCUUCCCCACUCCUCCUUUCGAAUUUACCCACCCAGACCCAGAGACUGGCGGCCUCGGAGACCGGGAGAGCUUCACGUCAAGCGCGAGGCGGCGCGGCCAUUGGAGGACCUGCUCUCCCUCCCUUCCCCGCCCCCUCCCCACCGCCUAGUCCAUUCUGGUACUCCGCGCGCACUCCCAGGCCGGCGCUUCUGA